AAGUAUAAAUAAUAUAGGUACUAAAUAGUAAUUUGCCAUUUGGAUUCAUGGAUUGAUCCAUUAAUCCACCAAUCCAAUUGGAUUUGGAUCAAAUGGAUUGGAUUUAAAUGGAUUGGAUUAGAUGGAUAAUUUGGUGGAUGGAUUUGAUUGGAUUCAUGGAUUUGGAUCCUACUUGUCACCUCUACACAAAUGUAUACUCUUCUGAUUGGAUAAUUUGAAUUUACUUUUUCCCCCUUGUCGCAGAAAGACGUCACUCGUGAUUAUAAAGACUAGGGGCCUCAUGUCGGUUUCGGUUUUUCGGGUUAACCCAAAACCGAAACGAUAAAUGCACUUUCGGGUUUCGGGUUCUCAGUUCCAACCCGAUUAUGUGAAGCAGCGGUUUCGGUUUCAUGGAAACUCGAGAACCGAGCUUAACCCGAAAAACCGAAUGGCUUUAUUGGAUUGUCAGACGCAGCUUUGGAGAGAUGGUGCCGUUUCGGUUUCGUUCCAACACAUGCCCUGUACCCUAGCUUUUCGACGCUUCGCGUCGCCGGUCGGAGCCUCCCUUCUCGACUCUCUCGCCAUAGCAACCUUGUGGGGACCUCCGACCGCCAUCAACCCUCUCGCCGUCAUCGUCCUCGCCGCCAUAAUCAUACACAUUGCCAGCGGCCUCAUGAGAAACUCAGCUGCGGACGACCGAAACCCAUCCACGGCGAAGUGGGUCGGCUACUCCCGUAUUAUUCGAUUCUCCGACCUCGACUAUGGCAACCUAGUAAGGCCUUCUUCUUUCCCCUCCCUUUCCCGUUCUGUUUGUGUCCCUUGUUAAUUGAAGCGACCGAUGGAUUAAGGGGGAGAAUAUGAGUAUUGUGGCAUUUGGGUUCCUGGCUAUGAGCCUGAUGGAUUCCUAGCGUUUGGGUCCCCUUUCAAUCGAAUUACAAUAGAGCAAGUGAGCAACAACAUGAUAAUUUGAGGAACAAAGAAAGGAAUCGACACUAAAGAGGAUCGGCGGGAUUAAUCUAUGGCGGUUUACUUGUAAUUGGAAUGAAUCGAAGGUGGAGUGUGGGUCUGAAAGUGCUUCUGCAAUUCGGGUUCAAGCUAACAACCGAAACCGCAAGUAUUUUUUCCGGGUUCAGGUACCCGGAACCCGCAAGCUGCAAUUUCGGGUUCGGUUUCGGGUUGUGUAGUAAUGGGUUCGGGUUGUCGGGAUUUGCUGGGUUUCGGGUUCGGUUACCCGAACCGAAUCGGCACCCCUAAUAAAGACGUUACCAACAUUAUAACCAAAAUUCGAUUCGAACUUGGUUGAAUCGAUGGUCAUUUUUAAGUAUUAUUGUCGACAUAUGAGACAUCGUGAAUAUGCAUUGUAAGCAUUGACUUGAACCAAUGCAUAAAGAAGCUGACACUAAUUUUUCGCACUUGCCUAUCAGCCGACAUGAAAACCUCCUUAAUGCAUAUGGUUAAUUUGAUAGGAUUUUUUCUUGAUUCUUUCAUUCUCUUAAAAUUUGUAUCUCUAUUCUUUCGACCAUACUAGAAAUUUUAUGGAAAAAAAGUACUUAAAAUUUGUUUAUCAGAGUGAGUAAAGGCAAAUACAAAAGUAGUAGAAGGGUAGAUUUAUAAAAAAAAAUAUGAGUUUUUAGUUUUUUACUUUUUCGAGUUCAAGUGAUAAGUUAAAUUUUUCGAAUUUCGAUUAGUUCAGAAUCUCGUCCAUUAACAUCCACCUAACUAAUGGGACAAAGUCCAGUGAGAAUAAACUUAAUGCAAACUCCUUUAAAGAAUAUCAUAGUAAUAAUCUUUUGCAAAUUAGAAGGGGGGAUCAACUUUGUAUGUAGGUUCAACAAUGGCAGGCUAGUAUUAUGCUACAAGCCAGUGAAGUCAUCUUCUUGGCAUCCUCACUUUGGCAUAAUGGCUUACUUUUUUCCUAUCAAUAUUUAUGUUUAUGUUUAUUAUUUUCUAGUGGGGUUGGUUUGUGUCCAUUUCGUCCUCUUAAUUAUUCUGGUGGCCUUGGUCUCUUGUUUGAUGUGUUCUAAUAGCCAUUAUUAUUCCAUCUCCUGUUUUGAAAUUUUUUGUUAUAAAAAUGUCAUCAAAGA